AUGGAGAGGUCAAAACCCCCAGCAGACAUUGACUACCUAGCGGAGCUCAUAGCUAUGCAGCAGAAUGGCCCCAAGCAGCUGGGCUUCUUUGGGACGAGGAACAUGGGCUUUCUCCAUCAGAACCUCAUCGAAGUGUUGAGCUACGCUAUGGUCCUCACGGACAAUCACAUCUACACAUCUGGGGCGACCGGGACAAACGCAGCUGUGAUCAGAGGCGCCUUGCGCGCAGAGAAGCCUCAUCUUUUGACGGUGGUGCUUCCCCAGAGCCGCAGCAAGCAGCCGCCUGAAAGCCAGGAGCUGCUGGAGCAGGUGCAGAAUGUCAUUGACAUGCCUGCCAAUGACAAACUCUCUCUCCUGGAAGCAAGCAGGUUAUGCAACCAGGACAUUGUGGGGCGGGUGCAGCAGGUCAUCUGCUUUGCCUUCCACGACAGCCGCCUGCUGCUGGAGACAUGCAGCGAGGCAAAGGAGCAGCGAAAGAUUGUGACCCUCUUCUAUCUAGACUAA